GCCAUGUCGGGGCCAAAUUACUCCUUUGUGUCAGAGUUCAUCCUCAUUGGCUUCUCUGCCUUUCCUCGUCUUCAGACGAUGUUUUUCCUGCUGUUCCUGCUCAUGUACCUCUUCACCCUGCUGGGCAACCUGCUCAUCAUGGCCACCAUCUGGAGUGAACGCAGUCUCCACACGCCCAUGUACCUCUUCCUGUGCGCCCUCUCCAUCUCUGAGAUCCUCUACACCUUUGCUAUCAUCCCACGCAUGCUGGCUGACCUGCUCUCCACCCUGCACACCAUCGCCUUCCUGGCCUGUGCCAGCCAGAUGUUCUUCUCCUUCACGUUUGGCUUCACACACUCCUUCCUGCUCACCGUCAUGGGCUAUGACCGCUACGUGGCAAUCUGUCACCCACUGCGGUACAAUGUGCUCAUGAGCCCCCGGGGCUGUGCCUGCUUGGUUGCCUGGUCCUGGGUUGGUGGUUCAUUCAUGGGGACGGUGGUGACAACAGCCAUUUUCAGCCUCCCUUUUUGUGGACCCAAUGAGAUUCACCAUUUCUUCUGCCAUGUUCCACCUCUAUUGAAGUUGGCAUGUGGAGAGAAUGUACUUGUGGUAGCCAGAGGUGUAGGGAUGGUGUGCAUCACGGCUCUCCUGGGAUGCUUCCUCCUCAUCCUGCUCUCCUACGCCUUCAUUGUGGCAGCCAUCUUGAAGAUACCAUCGGCAGAGGGGCGGCACAAGGCCUUCUCCACCUGUGCGUCCCACCUCACAGUGGUGAUUGUGCACUAUGGCUUUGCCUCUGUCAUCUACCUCAAGCCCAAGGGUCCUAAGUCUCUGGAAGGAGACACUCUGAUGGGUAUCACUUACACAGUCCUCACCCCCUUCCUCAGCCCCAUCAUCUUCAGUCUCAGGAACAAGGAGCUGAAGAACGCCAUGAAGAAGGCUUUUCUAAGCAAACUCUACCCAGAGAUAAUUUAAAGACCUAUAAGAAAAUUCUUAGGAAUAACUAAAUUGGUUUAUCAAAUUUAACUGCUUGAGACUCCAUCAUUAUGUGUUUACUUAUGACACUUUCAUGUUGGUAAAACCUUUGUGGUCCUCUGUUACGGUACAUGAAAGGGUUAACACCUGUGGCUUAUUUAUGGAUGGAAAUAAGCAUGAGGCGAUAGAGAGAAAAUAAUAUUUGACCUUUCUUACCUUCUGCAGGAUAUUAUUAGUUCUCAACUUGUCUUAUGUAUUUCUCAGGUAGACUAAUACAAGCCUCACAAUACUGAACAAACCAGAAUGCCGGGUUACAUAUUUAUUGUGAGAACAUUUAUUGUCCUCUGUCUCCUAAAAUCCAGUCACCUAUUAUCCCCAGCAACACAUAUAUCUACAAUGCAACAAGAAAUGGAAGACUUCACCACAUGCUUU